GUGACUGCGAGUCUCCUGUGCAACAUCAAGGCCUUGUAGCCUUUUGACGACUCUGUCUCUCUCCCCCACUCCUCUGGGCCACCUCCGCCAGUGACCCGCUGCAUCGGCUCAGUCCCUGUUAACACUGAGGGGUCUACGGUGUAGUUUAGGUGCUCCAGAGCAGACGCGGCCAUGAGACGCAUGUCCAGAUCUCUCUCCAUCACGUCACUGUCGGGUCUCUCGCUCGCCGAGGAAGAUGACGUCCCCGUGGAGAACCUGCUGCUCUUUGAGGUGGCGUGGGAGGUCACCAACAAAGUGGGAGGUAUAUACACAGUGAUCCAAACCAAAGCGCGGGUGACUGUGGAUGAGUGGGGGGAUAACUACUUCAUGAUGGGGCCAUAUUAUGAGCACAACUUCAAGACUCAGGUGGAGCAGUGCGAACCCCCCACACCCACUAUCAGGAAGGCUAUGGACGCUCUCACCAACAACGGAUGCAAGGUGUAUUGUGGUCGUUGGCUGAUCGAGGGCAGCCCGUAUGUGCUCCUGUUUGACAUCGGGGGUGCGGCGUGGAAUCUGGACCGCUGGAAGUCAGACCUGUGGGACACCUGCGGUAUUGGAAUACCUUACCACGACCGAGAGGCCAGUGACGCACUCAUCUUUGGAUCCCUGGUUGCGUGGUUCUUUAAAGAGCUGACAGAGGUGGCCAAAGAGGAGCGUAGUGUGGUGGUCCAUUUCCAUGAGUGGCAGGCGGGAGUUGGCCUUGUGUUGCUUCGCUCUCGUAAGACUCCCAUAGCAACCGUGUUCACCACGCACGCCACCCUGCUCGGACGCUACCUGUGCGCCGGGAAUGUGGACUUCUACAACAACCUGGACAAGUUUGACAUUGAUAAGGAGGCAGGGGAGAGGCAGAUCUACCACCGCUACUGUCUGGAGCGGGCGGCCGUCCACUGCGCUCACGCCUUCACUACCGUCUCACAGAUCACCGCCGUGGAGGCCAAUCACAUGCUGCAUCGCAACCCAGAUGUGGUGACGCCUAAUGGCCUGAACGUGAAGAAGUUCUCAGCCAUGCACGAAUUCCAGAACCUGCACUCCACCAGCAAAACACGACUCCAGGAGUUUGUCAGAGGACAUUUCUAUGGGCAUCUGGACUUCAACCUGGACAAAACACUCUUUUUCUUCAUUGCGGGACGCUACGAGUUCUCCAACAAAGGAGCGGACAUCUUCCUGGAGUCUCUGUCCAGACUCAACUACCUACUCCGGGUGCAUAAGAACGAUGUGACCGUGGUGGUGUUUUUCAUCAUGCCGGCCAAAACCAACAACUUCAACGUGGAGACGCUAAAGGGACAGGCAGUGCGCAAACAGCUCUGGGAUACUGCCCAGGCGGUGAAGGAGAAGUUUGGCAAGAGGCUGUAUGAGGCAUUGCUGAGGGGAGAGAUGCCUGACAUGAAUAACAUUCUGGAGAGAGAUGACUUCUCUAUCAUGAAGAGGGCCAUUUAUGCCACACAGAGGCACUCUCUUCCUCCAGUGACCACUCACAACAUGCAGGACGACUCCAAAGAUCCGAUCCUGAAUAAUGUGCGGCGUAUCAGCCUCUUCAACAGCCGGAACGACCGUGUCAAGAUAGUGUUCCAUCCUGAGUUCCUGUCGUCCACUAGUCCUCUGUUGCCAAUGGAUUAUGAGGAGUUUGUGCGUGGAUGCCACCUGGGAGUCUUCCCUUCAUACUACGAACCAUGGGGAUACACACCAGCGGAGUGUACGGUGAUGGGAAUCCCCAGUGUGACUACAAACCUGUCUGGCUUCGGCUGUUUCAUGGAGGAACACGUGUCUGACCCGACAGCAUACGGCAUAUACAUAGUGGACCGACGGUUCCGUUCGGCGGAUGAGUCAUGCAACCAGCUGACCCAGUUCAUGUUCGGGUUCUGUCAGCAGUCCCGGCGACAGCGCAUCAUACAACGCAACCGCACCGAGCGCUUAUCGGACCUGCUAGACUGGCGCUACCUCGGACGGUUCUACAUGCGUGCCAGGAAGCUAGCCCUCAGCAGAGCCUUCCCUGACUCCUACAAGAUGGACUCCCUGGCCUCACUACAGGCCGAGGGAUUCCGUUAUCCCCGACCCCAGUCGGUGCCCCCCUCCCCGUCCGCCUCGGUCCACUCCACCCCCCACCACUCGGACGUGGAGGAUGACGACGAUGAGGAGGAUGAGGCCUACGACGAAGAGGAGGAGGCUGAGAGGGACCGCCAGAACAUCAAGACGCCCAUGAUGAUGGAGGCGGUGCCCCCCGGCAAGAAGAAGCAACCAGGCCAAUACGGCAACUAAAGGCCCAUUAGGAUGGAGGUGGUUCCUGCCAGCAAUAAGAAACAAUCUGGCCAAUAUGGCAACUAAUAAUCCAAUAUGACCACUGUUUACCCCAAAAAGAUGAUGGACACAGUCACCCCCUGGCAAGAAAAAGCAAUCAGGCCAAUAUGGCAACCAAACGUCCGAGUAUCUCUAUCCAGUAUGGACACAAUUUAGCCCAAAUAGAUGCUGGAGGCAGUUCCCCCUGGCAAGAAUAAAGAACAAGGAGAAUAUGGCAACUAAACGCCCUAUAACCCAGUACGGACACAAUUUAUCCCAGCAUGAUGCCUGGACUCAUUCCAGUAUACCUUUAUUGCUUUAUUCCACAGUUUAUCCCAUCCAUGAUUAUGGACACAGUUCUCAAUGGAAAGAGGAAAUAACCAAGCCAUUAUGGCACAAUUGACCCCAGCUUGAUGAUGGACGCGCUCCCCAGCAAGAAGAAACAAUAUGGCAACUGAGGGCCUCAGAACCUCCCUCAUCUGGAGAUGAACAACCACUAAAUAUCCAUAUCAUUUGAAGAGUCCAGGUGCAAACCCCUUUAAAAGACCGUAUUGAAAAAAUCUGUGGAAAUGUACUGUAUUUUUUAUAUAGCAUUUCCUCCAAGUAAUCUCAAUCAAAAAGACACUUGUAUGUUGUUAUCUAGUGCCAAUCAAGCCCAAGCAAACUGAGAUGGACUGAUAUUAAAGUUGACUAAAUUCACAGAAAUACAGAAGAGUAUAUUUUUGUAAACUCAUCACAAAUGCACUUUGGGUUUUUGCAUGUGAACCCGUCGUUUAAACCCUAUUCAUCCCCCACUAAACUGUCAUAGGCCAACAGCUUUUCAACUACUGAAAAAAACAUUAAUCUACCCCAACUGGACAAGAAAGAACUGUAAUGUACCCAGAGCUGAAUGACCUCUGUGAUAACGAUGUAAACUCAAAUGCAUUAAAAGUACAUGAGUACGUAGUGGAAGAUCUACUACAGUGUGUGUGUGUGUGUCUAAUAGUUUUGAACACUAUCCAAUGUAGUGGUGUUGACACUUUACCUAUCCACCUAUUUGGACAAUAAUUCAGAAAUUAGCUCAAUUAACUCAAGUAACAAAUUGGCCCUCACGUUUGUUAGUUUGUAAUUCUGCAUGACUUGUCAUUCCAUUUUUGUCCUUUUAUUAUAACAAAGUAAACUAUCAUGGGGAAAAACCUGUAAGAAUUCAAACACUUCCCCACAAAAUGUGAAAUUGGACAUUUUAUAAAAACUGCACAUUACAAUAGACAACCCAAGAUUGUAAAA